AUGGAUAACCAUUUGCUACCAAUGGAGAAUUGCUUCUCAUCUUUGUACAUAUAUGGGACUGUUUUCCGUGCGAUUCUAUUCUUGAACAAACCAAACGCCUACAUUCACUCGCCGUCGGCCUUCACGAUGGAUUGGCAAGGACAGAAGGUGGCAGAGCAAUUGAUGCAGAUACUGCUGGUGGUAUUUGCAGUUGCAGCAUUUAUAACAGGUUAUGUUGUGGGUUCAUUUCAACUGAUGUUGUUUGUGUAUGCUGGGGGAGUGGUGUUGACAACUUUGAUUACAAUUCCUAAUUGGCCAUUUUUUAACAAACAUCCUCUCAAAUGGUUGGAUCCGAGUGAGGCUGAAAAGCAUCCAAAACCACAGGUGGCUGUGACUUCGGUUUCAAAGAAGAAACCAACCAAGAAAUAGGCUAUGGCUAUUUUAUAUCAUAAUUGGGUCAAUUGAAAUGAAAUUUGUGUUUUUUUGGAUUUGGAAUGUGAGAAGUUUUAUUCAGUUUUUAAUGUUUAGCUUGAUAAAUAAUAUAAUAGCUUUUAUGCAUCGGCAAAAGAAAAUGGAAGAAAAAUAUUUUAAAUGAGUAAGAGCA